AUGAAUAUCAAGGGCAAAACCAUACAGGAAUUUCAGAACAUUAACCGAUUCCCUCAGGUUGUAGGUGCUCUUGAUGGAUUGCAUAUACCAAUUAACCCUUUACACCCUAACAUCAAUAUGCUUAUUCUCUAUACUCUUCUCCCUACAUUUCCAAAGGUGCUAACAAUGAGAAUUUACCUGAAAAUCAGGAGCUCCUUUAUUUGGUGAUCAUUUUCUAUAUUCUUGUAACCGUAAUGUGUGAUUCAGGAGUGAUACUGUAAGAGAAAUUUGGAUCCUAGUCACUCUUAGGAGUUGAAGGGUUACGGCUUCAAGAAACAACUCAAAUGAGUAUGUGAAUUGAAAAAGUUUCCAUAGCAUUGUUUUGCAGGGAGUCGCUGAUGCUAAUGGAAAGUUUUUACAUGUUAGUACUGGCUACACUGGAAGUAUUCAUGAUGCUCAUGUGCUGUGAAAGAGCUCAUUUUCCACUUCAAUAGGAAAUGGGGAUAUGUUGUAUUCCCCAAUGUGUCAGAUAGGUGACACAGAGGUAAAGCCACUCAAAGAGAUUUUAGUAAAUCACAGAGCAUUGCAAGGGUAGUUAUUGAGCAGUCAUUUGGGCUGUUAAACAUGAGGUGGAGGUGUUCCCUGGAUAAGCUUGAUGAAUCAGAGGAGAAAGUAUGCUCUACAAUCAUAACCUGUUGUAUUUUACAACAUAUGCCUAGAUGUCAAUGAUGCUACUGAAAUUGAUGUGA